GGACAAACAUGGUCCAAGAGGCAGCAAACUAGGCGACCUUCAAUACAAAUCCAAACCCCAAGUCGGCAAACCCUAGACUAAUCCGCAGCCCCCAGACCCUAACCUACACGGCAACUCGACGAGGAGGGCGGAGGAGCUGCGGCAUCUUCCAUCUGCCGGGCGGCGAGGCGGUGACAUUCCGGCGGUAACUUCGCCCAGGGUUGACGAUGAGCUCAGAAAAGGACGAGGACAUCACGCCCCGCCAACGACUAUCGUGCUCCAAAUAUUUUGAUGCGCUGUGGUUUUGCUACUCUCCAGUCCACCAGAUGCAGCAGUACUACCGUCUUGGUUCCCUUGACAAUUGCUCCGGAAAAUGGGGUGCCCUUUACGAUUGUUUAAACCUCAAAACCAAAAGAGCUUCCGAAGUUGAGGAAAUUUUGAAGACUCGUGAGAAAUCUGUUCCUCAUAUAUGGUCUUUUCGGUCCCCAAAGGAGGCGAGAUACCAUUGGCAGAAACUCUUCGGGCAUCUGGAUGACCAGGAAUAAUAGUUUAUGCUCUUACAGAUUUAUUUUAUCUUCAUAAAUAAUAACAUUGUACCGAAAUUUCCUUUUGGAAGUGAUACUUUUGUGUUAUUCUGCUUGAGACCAUAGUAAAAUAGUAAUUCUUACUAGAGUUGUGAUUAAUUUUUAAGCUAUUAGUUAUGUACCCUAUAUAUAUAGAAUGAGUUUUUAGGAGAAUGGGUUUUUAGGAGGUCAUAUUAUAUUAGUAGUUUUGCUACUUAUUUUUACAUUGGUUUUUAGCAUAGUAUGAAAUGGAUUUGAGCCUUAAGGACACAAAAAUAAUAAAGUGUGAAAAUGAAAAGCUAAAA